UAGUCCAUGUUUCUGAAAAAGAACACACACAUAGAGAUGAGCAAUUCACAACAAAUAAUAGAGUUAGAGUCAGUUGUUACAUUUGUUAAGCAAAAUUGUCACUGUAAGUGCAAAAAAGUCGUUAACGUUUUGCCGAUGCAUCUAUCAUUCAGAUGCCUUCAUUUGCCGCCUGCAGUGUAUUACAGUCAAGUGUCAACGUGCGCUAUUGUUCUCCCUUCUCCCUCUUGUUGAUAGAAAACAAGCAACAACGAUCGAUCUAAGAAUAUUUUAUGCACACCCUGCAACUUGAUUAACAAUAUUUCAUGCAUGCAGCUAUAAUUAACCAAAUAAGGUUAAUAAACCUUCAUAGUUCACAAUUUUUUUUUUGGUAACCGAGAAUGACACCAUACAAGCUUACUCUUUGGACAUCCAAUAUAAGUCUAAACUUAGUCUGUCUAGGCUUUCUCUAUAAAUAUACGCACACAAAUCUAUAAGUUAGACACUCAACCCAUUUUAUAUUAAUUGAAUAAGUUGUAUCAACAAACAAAGAGUAGCAUACAAGAAAGAGACACAGACAGCAACUCUGUCUUUUCCCAUUUGUCUCUUAUAUUGUCCGUCUAUAACAAUAAGUUCACUAAAAUAUGUAUGAACUUAAGAAGAAAACUAUGCAAAAAUGAAUAACUCAAAACUCAAUAGGAAGAGUUGGAUUUGCAAUUGAAUAGCUUGAAAGAAACAAGUAUAAAACCAGAAAGGAUCUUAAAGUUUGACCCACACAUUGCUAAGCAUAAGAUCAAUCUGAUAAUCACAUAGAAUUAAAAACGCAUAUGGAGUUCAUACAUAUAAUAUGAUUGUUAACUGGGGUCAAGGACAACGGAUCCUAGAAGCAAGGAAUCAUGUCUCUUUGCCCCCUUCCCGCUCUGGUUCCCUGUUCCCAUUCUGAUAUAUAUGCAAAUGUAAAUCCCUACAUGCAUGCUCAUUUAUCAAGAAUCAAGAAUGAUCAAAGUUCUGAUACCAAAACACUGCCAGCCCAAAAAAAAAAAAAAAUUAUCCACAGAAGAAAGAAGAAUACAAAAGAGGGUUGUGCAGGCAUCAGCACUGGGGUCAUUUGACUCUCAUUUUCCUCUCUUAUAUAUCCCACUUGCCAAAUUGAACCCUUUUUUACAUUUUGUUUAAGCUUGACUGGUUGUGUGGCCGAUCACCCUUCCCUUUCAAUAGCUAAUGCACAUUUGUUUUGCUAAUGCUUUCAGAUUUUAACAUCGUAACCCAUGUAUAUUGUUAGAAUAUGUAAAAAACCCAACAAGUUAAUUUAUUGGGUUGAAUGACACAUUAAUGAAUUUUAACAUGGUACCCGAGUAGAAGGUCUUAGGUUCAAACCUCAGCUUCCGCAAUUUAAACCCCCCACUUGCUGUUGCUCCAAGUUUAAGCCUAUGUGUCUAUUAGAGUACCCUAGUGUUGGGCCCAGUUUGUUGUGCAUGUGUUGGGACAUCGGAUUAUCUAGCCCACACGUGAGUGGGAGUGUUAGAAUAUGUAUAAAUGAUGUGAAAUAUCCCAACCCAACAAAUUUAACUUAUUGGAUUGAAUGACGAAUUAACUAAUCUUAACAUAUAUAAACCACUCCUGAAUGACCAUACUUUAAGUAAUGCAAGUUGCAAGCUAUUUUUAUAGUAGACCCUAAACCGCCCUCCACCCUCUCUCUCUCUCUUUCUCUUUCUCUUUCUUGUUGACAUACUUUCAUUGGAAGGUAUCAUGUGGCCUAAGGUAUUGGCAAACAAGAUCCUAAGAAAGGCACUGGGUAGCAACAACUUUGUAGCAGACUUUCAAAACUUCACAGGCACCAUGCUGGACACCAAAAGUUCCAGUCAAGAAAAUCUCAGUUCCAACAAAUGCUUCAUUGACCAGGACACCUACAAUAUUUUUGUCGGUUCAUGGAACGUCGGAGGAAUUGUACCAUCUGAGGACUUGGACAUGGAGGAUUGGCUAGACACACACAACCCUGCUGAAAUUUAUGUUCUUGGGUUCCAAGAGAUUGUGCCUCUAAAUGCAGGAAAUAUUCUAGCUUCUGAGAACAGAAAAAUCUCCAUGAGAUGGAACAAUAUAAUUAGCCAAGCUCUCAACAAGGCAAUACUAACUCAAGCUCAAGACAAUAAAGAAGAAGAUGAAUACCAAAUCUCAUAUCAAAUGAAGAAUCAAAGUUCCGCUGAAUACAGAAAAUCAAAGGACAAUUUUCAGUGCAUUAUAAGUAAACAGAUGGUAGGAAUAUUUGUAUCUGCUUGGGUAAGAAGUGAUAUCUAUCAACACAUCCAGCAUCCCAGGGUCUCAUGUAUUGGCUGUGGCAUAAUGGGCUGUUUAGGCAAUAAGGGUUCAGUGUCUGUAAGAUUUUGCUUGCGAGAAACAAGCUUCUGCUUUGUGUGUAGCCAUCUAGCUUCUGGAGGCAAAGAAGGAGAUGAAAGACACAGAAAUGCAGAUGCUGCAGAGAUUUUGUCAAGAACAAGGUUUCCUCGAGGCCCCUUGCGUAAUUUGCCAAAGAAAAUUCUCGAUCAUGACCGAGUGAUAUGGCUCGGCGACUUGAAUUACAGGAUCUACCUCCCUGAGGCAACAACAAGAUCCCUAGUCCAGAAAAGAGAGUGGAACGCUUUGCUAGAGAAUGAUCAGCUUAAGGCUGAGUUCAUGAAGGGUCAUGUAUUCCAAGGUUGGCACGAAGGGGUCAUUGAGUUUGCACCCACUUACAAAUACUAUCCAAAUUCUGGAAUCUAUUAUGGGUGUCAUCAGAAGAAAAAAGGAGAAAAGAGGCGGGCUCCGGCAUGGUGUGAUAGGAUAAUUUGGUUUGGGGAGGGACUGAAGCAAAUCAAGUAUGAUAGAGCUGAAUCUAGACUGUCUGAUCACCGACCCAUACAGGCAAUCUUCACAGCAGAAAUAGAGGUCUUGAGCGAUUCUAAAGGUUUAGGGACCUGUUUGUCCGAAGGAUUUGAUUGCUCACAAAACCAUUUUAAAGAUUGCCCCAAGGAAAAAUAUUUGUGUAAUAAGAUAUCGGAAUUGUAUACAUAUGAGAGUAUAUGAAUGAUUCGUCUUGCAGAUGUUACAAAUAGGAGAGAAAAGAGAUAUAUAUAUAUAUAG